AGACAACAGCUGGAUCAUAACAUUUCCUGAAAAUUCCAAUUUCAACCAAAUGCCUGAAGAGGUUGUGACAAAAGUUUUGAGCUACUUAACUCAGAUUCCAAGGUACCCAUAUUUCACUCUAGUGGGUGCUGCGCUGUUACAUCAGCUUGAUAUUGUUAUAGAUCUAAGGGUGGGGGUGGGGACUCCCCUAAACCCUAUAAGUUAACAAAUGCUAGGAUUUUGAUUAUUUGGGACACAAAGGGAGAAUGCAAGCUGCAGAAGAAUUCCUGUGGCUGAGCUAUGUUCCUCAAGGAACAAUAGAGAGCAAUUGAGGGACAUUAACCAUGGGAUGCGGGUGGCGCUGUGGUCUAAACCACUGAGCCUUGGGCUUGCUGAUCAGAAGGUCGGCAGUUCGAAUCCACACGACAGGGUGAGCUCCCGUUGCUCGGUCCAAGCUCCUGCCAACCUAGCAGUUCCAAAGGACAUCAAAGUGUAAGUGGAUAAAUAGUGGAUUAACAGUGUUUCCGGAUACUGCUCUGGUGUCGAUGUUCCAUUGUGCCAGAAACGGCUUAGUCAUGCUGGCCACAUGAUCCGGAAAAACUUUCUGCGGAGCGGACAAAUGCCGGCUCCAUUGGCUUGUAAAGCGAGAUGAGCGCUGAGAGUCAUUUGCGACUGGACUUAACUGUCAGGGGUCCCUUUACCUUUCAACAAUACAAGAGAGUGCCUUCCCCCUUGCCCUGAGGUGUGAACAGAGACUGGGGAUUUGGAAGGUUGCCAGGGUAACUGUUCUGGAAGAGGAGGAAGAGGAGGAGGAAGAGGAGCUGAGAUCCAUCCUGGGCAGGCUGCCGGAAGGUUGCCUGUGCUGCUGUGGGUGGUACGAGCCCUCUUGAAAGGGCCAGGCUGUAAGAUCUGGAUUCCCUCCAUGCAGAGUGAAGGUGUAAAUAAUAGGUGAACAAACAAACCAUAUUUCUUAAAGCCACGACAUUUCUUCACCAUGUCUUCCUUAGGCUGAGAGACAGAGGCUGGCUUAGCCUACCUCACGAGAUUGUUGCAAGGAUGAAAGGUAUAUGUUCGGGGGGGGGGCAUGCAGACUACUGUGACACACUGGAGAAUCAGCAUAAUAAAAAAGCAGAUAGUUGCCUGUUGCUUACUAUGACAAAGUAUGCCAGCACCAGAAUAAUAAACAGCACUGUUGCUGCAUCAGUAACCAAGACAGAAAACUUGCAGCUUUUUUUCUGGUGAGGGGCGUGGCAUAGCUAUGUAUUAGGAGCACAUGUUUUGCAAAUACAAUUCCCAGCACCUCCAGUUGGAAAAAAAUAUCUGGUGGAAAGUAAUGAGAAACCCCUCUUUCUUCCUGAGAACUGGGAGAGUCAGCGGCAGUCAGAUAAGACCAAAUGUCUGCUAUAUGUUGAUCAGGUGUUGUUUAUUAUUAUUAUUAUUAUUAUUAUCAUAAAUUAUUAUUAGAUCGCACUUCAUAGCGGCAGAUUCUAUUUCAAUAAGAAGCAAUGCAUCAAUAACAGAGGAUAUACUAAGCUAUGGGGGUUAUUCCUUUACAUGCUAGAAACAGCCUCAGAAACUAUGUUCCCUGAGGUCUAGAAACUUUGCAAAGGGCAGGCGGCUGUUUAAAAAUGAAACAGGGAUUCUGUGCAUCCUUGCCUUAAAUGUGUGCUAGAUUUAAAAACAGCAAUGCACACCCACAAUCCUGGAGGUCCAAAUAACAGCUUAUAUAUCAUGUUCACUAGUUUCAUUUGCAAAUGUUUGUUCUGGAACCUAAUAAUUAAACACUUGUAGGUUUAAUUCACCUGUGUGUCAACCUUCAAGACUGCUGCCAGGAAGUAAGAAGAACUGGGGGAAGGAAAAGAAAAACGUUAACUGUGAUCAAGUUACUAAUAAAACAAAUCAGUCUACCUUGAUACCUGCCCAGCAGGUUGGGUUGUAUAUUUAAUGCAGUAGUGAGGUGCUCAGAACUUUGUUUUACAGGCAGGAGGCUCACUUUUGGACUUAAUGGCUUUAUGUCUCUCUAGAUGGCAAUGUGUGUUUCUUCCCUUACCCGAUCUUACAACCUGAGUCUCCUGUUUCAAUGGGAUUGUUUUAGCACAUAUUUUAAUUGCAGAUGUUUUCUAUUUCUUUCUUUUUUUAAUUAAUGAGAUUCCCCCACCCACCCCUUUUGUAUCUUAGUGGUUGACGUUUAUAUUUGAAUGUUUGUGUAAUUGGUUUUUUAAUCCUUGUAAGCUGCUUAGAAGCUUAUUGCGGCAUUAAGUGGUAUAUAAAUUAAUAAACAGUAAUACUUGCAGUCAGUCUAACACUUUACCACACUUAGGGAUCCUCCUGCUCAGUGGUGCCCUGGAUAUUUGCCCCCCCAAAAUGCUAACUUGAUGGCACCACUCUUUGUUGGAGGGUUUAAGUGUCAUUUGCCUCUAUGUGGUCAGUAAAUGAAUCUAGCAUUAACUGCUCUGAGUUCGAAGGUAUCUGCAGGUUCAUUGCUGAAGUCAGAGAAUGAAUAUUGGGCCUCGGCCCAGGGAUCAAGAACAUGCAUGGCACCCGUUGAUUCAAGAACCCCAUGGUACCUGCUAAGUCUCUGAAUACCCCUACGCCCCUCCGCUCAUUGCUCCCUUGGUGAUGAAGGUGGCUAGGGUGGUUAACUCCCCCUACUCUCCCUUUAAAGGGUCAUAGAGUUGAAGGAGGAAAUGGGGAAGAGUGGUAUUCUUUUCCACUUCCUCUUUCAGCUCUUGUUGCUUUUCAAAGCUCAUAUGAAUUCUUUUGGAUCUGAAUCUAGGUCCCUUGAGACAUUGAAGUCUGUGUAUGCAUGUGUGCAUGUACCCAACCCUUCUCUCUUUCUGUUUUUCAGAGGGUAGGUUGAUCCAGGGCGAGGGACUUAAUACACCCCUUGACUUGAAAAGGCUGGCAACUCCUGGUCUAGCCAACGUGAAUUGGAAACCAAAUUUAUCCUAAUCCUGGACAGAAGGUUGGAUACAUGGACGUCAGUCAAAAUGACUCUGCAAAGAAUAGCAGCCUCAUUUCCCGGCAACUUGCACCUAGUGAUGGUCCUGCGCCCCACCGGAUUCUUCCAGCGCACUUUCACCGACAUUGGAUUUCGGUUUAGCCAAGAGGACUUCCUGCUCAAACUGCCGGUUGUAAUGCUGAGUUCGGUCAGUGACUUGCUGACAUACAUUGAUGAAAAGCAGUUGACACCUGAAUUUGGGGGCACCUUGGAGUAUUGCCAUAGCGAAUGGGUCAUCUUCAGAACAGCCAUAGAAAGCUUUGCACUAACAGUGAAGGAAAUUGCCCAGAUGUUGCAAUCCUUUGGCAUGGAGCUGGCAGAAACAGAGCUCCCAGAUGAUGCCUACUCAAUUGAACGCAUCCUGGCACUGCGCACAGAGAAAUACUAUCAGCUGAAGGCAAAUAUUACGACAGUGACCAAAGAAGGAAACAUGCUGCUGUGUAGUUUAGAGGAACCUGACAUGGAUGAACCUGACAAAGAGGAACCACAGGAGAGAUCUGGUGACUGGGAGACUGUCAAUCGGUUGCUUGCACAGUUGCAUGAAAUGGAAACUGCUUUUGAUGGAUUCUGGGAGAAACAUCAGCUGAAGAUGGAGCAGUAUUUGCAGCUUUGGAAAUUCGAGCAACAUUUCCAAGAGCUCAGUAAAGCCAUUGAAUUUUUAAUGGAGAAGCAAGGGGAGCUGCCAGAUACUGGAGAUAAUGUCUCUCAAGUAAAACAGAGGGUGUUGGAUAUGGAAAACUUGAACAAAAUGGCACAGGAGUUGACAGGGAAGGCUCAAGUUGUGAUCCUUCAUGGGCACCAGCUGGCAACCAACCACCACUACGCCCUCAACUUGAUCUGCCAGCAGUGUAAUGAGCUGCGGCACCAUUCGGAUAUCCUGCUGGAGGAGAUCAAAAGGAAGCACAACCAGCUCCAAAGAACCUUGGACCUUCUCACUUCUCUGCAGCAGGCCCUGGAGUGCUGCGAUGAAGGAGCCUACCUUCUAGCCAACCAGCAGAUGGAUAAAUGCCAGUCUCGAGAAGGUGCCCAGAAAGCUCUCCAAGACAUAGAGAUGUUCCUUGAGGGUUCUUCGCUGCAUUUAUAUGCUGACUCACAAACCCUGUGCUCUGACUUUGAGUCCAUCUUAACUCCUGAACUAAAGGCUCAGAUACAAAUGGUCCAGAUGAAGCUUGAGAAUGUGCGGAGCAUGUUCGAGAACAGGCAGGCUUGCUACAAAAAGCUAGCGGACAAACAAGCACGCCCUGUGCAGCUGGUAGCCCCACGGCCAGAAAACCCACCCCGGUCGAAAUCUCCUUUGUUUUCCCCCAAACAUGGUGUAGAUUUUAACUCCAGUUUGAAAUUUUCAUUUGAUAUCUCACUGCCUGGGAAGAAGACUUCAAGGAAAUCUCAAAGUUCCCGCAAGAUUGAAGUGAUGCACGAUUAUCAGGAGAAAAGGAAUUCGCUGCAGUUCUGCAUAUCAGAAAGUGAAGACAGUUUAGACAUAUUGAAAAGCUAUGUGAUAAACGAGCUUAUAGAAACUGAACGGGUUUACGUUGAGGAGUUGUUCACCAUUUUGAUGGGCUACAGAGCUGAGAUGGACAACCCCACCAUGGCCUUUCUCUUGCCACCCCCCUUGCAAAAUCGCAAAGAUGUUCUGUUUGGAAACAUGCCAGAGAUUUACGACUUUCACAACAAGAUUUUCCUCCACCAUCUGGAGAGCUGUGUGGAAGCCCCAGAGAAAGUUGGCUAUUGCUUCUUGGAAAGGCGGGAAGAUUUUCAGAUGUACGAGAAAUACUGUCAAAAUAAGCCACGAUCUGAAUACCUGUGGAGGCAGUGUGCAGAAAGCCUCUUCUUCCAGGAAUGCCAAAGGAAAUUGGAGCAUAAGCUUGCGUUGGAUUCCUAUCUACUCAAACCUGUGCAACGGUUAACAAAAUACCAGCUGCUCCUGAAGGAGCUGCUGAAAUACAGCACAAGUUGUGAAGGUGUCCAGGAGCUCCAAGAGGCACUGGUUGCCAUGUUGGAUUUGCUGAAGUCGGUGAACGACUCCAUGCAUCAAAUUUCGAUAACUGGCUAUGAUGGAGACAUUGGUGAGCUGGGCAAAGUGCUGAUGCAAGGAUCUUUCAGUGUAUGGACAGGGCACAGGAAAGGUCCCACGAAAAUGAAGGACCUGGCCAGAUUCAAGCCGAUGCAAAGGCACCUCUUCCUCUAUGAGAAAGCGCUGGUCUUCUGCAAGAAGAGAGAGGACCACGGUGACAGCCACGACAAAAGCUCCUCGUACAGUUUUAAGCACUUUUUGAAGAUGAGCGCAGUUGGGAUCACUGAAAAUGUGAAAGGAGACCAUCGGAAGUUUGAGAUCUGGUAUAGCGGUCGGGAAGAGGUCUAUGUUGUUCAGGCACAAACGGUUGACCUGAAGAUGGCAUGGCUAAAUGAAAUAAGAAAGGUUUUGUUCAAGCAGCAGGAACUCAUCAAAGUUGAGAAGCAACAACCUCCUUCAUGUACAGACCAGAUCCAACUCUCCCCUCCUCUGAGUGAUGGAAAACAACCAAGAGCCUCCAUAAGCUCAGAGGAAAACGAUUCUGAGCGUACCAGCCCCGUGGCCUUGGAGAGCGUGGCUUCCUCACCGCAGAACAAGCCAAGCAGGACUUGGCCAGGAAUGUCUCAUUCUUUGGAAAUCUGCGAAGGACUUGAUGAUUGGUCCAGCCAUAACUACUUCUUGACGUGUUCUGACACGGAAGAAGAAGAUGGGAACCAGUUGUUCCCAGGAAAAUAUAAAGCCCUGGCAGACUGCAAGAUGAGCAAUUCAGAAGACUUGCUAGUGAAAAAUGGGGAUGUGAUUCAACUAUUGCAUGAAGAUGGAGAAGGACAAUGGCUGGUCAAAAACCUCAACCGAAGAAAAGAAGGUUGGGUGCCCAUCAAUAGUUUGCAAAUCAUUCUCGGGGACUGUCGUGUUCGCCAUGCCCGAGAUGCAGACGCUGCCAUGUAUAAGACGAGAAAGCUAAGCUCCCCCUGAAUUUAAAGGGAGAACUCAUAUCAUGUCAUGUUUGAAUGCUGCAGUGGCGAUUUGAAGUGGUUGUUCAAGAGGGAGGACUUACCCAUGGCUGGAGAUCCACCUCUCUGUCAUCCAUCACAUUUGCAGCACAUCACAGCUCCAUCAACAUUCUCCAUGACCUUCAGUAGAAGUCAUUUUUGUUUUUGUUUUUUGGCAUAUUUAAUUCCCACUUCCUCCCACCAAUGGAAAAUAGGGUACCAUUUUGUUUUCACUUUCCCCGUCCUCUCCAUGGCAUCCACUGAACUACAUUUAAUAACUAAUUGGGUGGUUCCUUUUGCCUUUAUUAAGAUGCCUGAUGCUUCCUCUUGAAGAUGUGUUUCCCAACCACACGUCACUGCAGUUGGCUGCACUUUCCUAUGUUCGGUUGGGUCUAGACCAGAUAGUCACAAUAAGCUGCUUUCUAGUUCAUUGGUUGUUGCCCCUCUGGAACAGGCAUGGAUACAUCUCAACAACAUAUGACCAUCUUUCAGGCUGGAUGAUGCAAUACUGUUGCGAAGGAGUGGAGUCUCCUUUUGCACUAAGGGUCUGAUCCAGAGCCCAGGGUAUCCGUAGGAUGUAGUUCAAGAUCAUAUUUGACAACUCAAGAUUGUCGAAACUCCUAUUGGGUUCCCUGGAGUUCCUGGGUGACCUACUAAGUGUCCAAGUUUACAUUGUGAUUUUUUGGGGAACACACGUGCCAUAACUGAGUUCAGUGUCCCUGUUUGCACUAAAAAAGCAAUGUUCUUCUUUGUGCUAAGACUGUACUCUUCAGCAUUGUUAUUGAGAAUGACGUGAUGCUGGAAUGGAGGAGAGAGAGUAUGUCCCCUCUCUUUCAUUCUUUCUUUUUAAAAUGAAGUUUACAUAAUUUAUUUCCUGUUGUGCUUCUUCGUUUUAUCUCUGCCCUUAGCAUUCAUGUGUCCAUACAGGUAGUUCUACGUAAUGUAUGUAAUUCAAAUUUCAUAUGGGAAGAAUAAACACAGGGUAGGUGUUGUGACCUCACUACUCAGAAUGGCUCAAGACAGGCGUUUGGUUGCAUGCCUGCAAAUAAGAAUUGAUACAGUCUUGGUAAGCUGCAGUAGUCAUUAUUAUUAUUUUCUUACACACCACAAUGUGAAGGGGAGAAACACAAUUUUUUUAAAAAAAAAUCAGACUUGAGUUUCUGAACCACAGAUUCCAAGCUUGUACUGCCACAGUGCAUUAGCACACAUUUCAUCAGCCUAAUCAUGCAGUGUUUCUCAAACUUGGGUCCCCAGCCAUUGUUGGAUUACAACACCCAUCAUCCCUGAUUACUGGUCCUGCUAGCUAGGAAUGAUGGGUGUUGUAGUCCAACAACAGCUGGGGACAUAAGUUCAAAAAACAUUGGUAAUGUGUGUAUUCGGGGUGGGGAUGGUUUCUCUCCUCCAACCGUCAAUUUCAUAAUCACCUCUAAUGCAAAUACUGUGUGAUAUAUUAGGUGGUGGACUCUCCUUCACUGGAGUUUUUUAAAACAGAGCUUAGAUAGCCAUCUUUCAGGGAUUCUUUAGCUUCAAUUCCUGCAUUGCAGGUGGUUGGAUUAGAUCAGUAUUUUCCAAACUUGUGUCCCCAGCUAGUUUUGGACUACAACUCCCAUCAUCCGUGGCUAGCAGGACCAGUGGGCAGGGACAAUGGGGGGGAACAGCUGGAGACCCAAGUUUGGGAAACACUGGACUAGGUGGUGGUUUGGGUUCCUUCUCACUCUAUAAUUCUGUUAUUCUGUUCAGAACCAUUUUUUUGCUUGUUCACCACUCUGCAAGAAAACAACACUGUAGAAUGAAUGGCAGGAUCCUAGAAUAUGCAAGCCCUUUGUGAGAAUUCAAAUGGACCGUUUUAACAGAUAUUCUAUAAAGCACCAUCCAAAGUUACUGUACAUUAGUUACUAGUUACAUUUAAAAUGGGUUCCUUUCUUCUUUACUCUUUACUGUAGAUUAGCCAGUCGUGCUGUGGAGAUCACUUAAAAAAGAACAAAAAACCCAAACCUCCACACCUAAAUACUUUGUCUUGGCAACCACAACACACCUUGGCCUUUUAAUUGUGUCUUUCUAGUUCUGAAUCGUGCACUAUUUUAUUUAUGAAGCUGGCUAGUUCUGCAAGCCUGAAUGUACAGUCUUAAGCUGCAACCUGCACCCACUGACCUGGAAAUAAGAUCCGCUGGGCUUAUUUCUGAGUAGACACAUUUAGGAUUGUACUCUUAGGACUUUGGAAAAAUUUGCACAAAUCUUUGACACCUUAAGAGUAGCCAGGUUUACCACUUGAGCUGUAAAAUGUAUAUCGAAGCUAAACCAGAAGGGUUUCUGCCCUCUCUAGAAAUUAUACUGUAAAUGUACUUGUAAAAUGUGUUAAAUCUAUAUUUAAAAAGAAUUAUAAACAUUGUUAAAUAAAAUAUAUAUA